GUCAUGUGUCAGCUGAUGGCUGAUAGUGCUCAUAAAGGGCUGUAGUUGCAGUGAUAGUUUUAUGUGUUCAGUUAGGAAGUUGGUUGUAUCUUAGCUAAGGAAAGCAAAGCACAAGCAAGAGAUAAUGAAGACUGUUUUGGAAAUGUUUGAUGUUGACAUGAAAGUUGGUGAUACCGUCAAAUUCAAAGUCUUUACUGACCCAGAGGCAGACAGGUUUGCAAUUAGUCUGGGAAAAGAUGACUCCGAGUUGGCAUUACACUUCAACCCAAGGUUUGAUGAUGAUGAAGCUGGUCAAGUGAUUGUCUGUAACAGUAAAGAAGAUGGUGUGUGGUGCACUGAGCAGAGAGAGGACUCCUUCAUGUUUGAGAAGGGAGAGUGCUUUAAGUUUUCCAUUACAUUCCUUGGAGUGAAGUUUGAGAUUAAGCUGCCUGACUAUGUUCUGGAGUUCCCUAAUCGCACAUCUAUGGACACCAUGACAUUCCUCCAGGUGCAAGGGGAUGUUAGGGUGAAGUCCCUGAAGUUUGAUUAUUGAUGUAUAACAUGUUAGUCUCUGCAAAGCAAUGAGGGGGAAGCAAGAGCUUUCUUCAAAGGGCUAACUGCAUCUUCUGAACUACUUUCAACUCCACUUUUCUCCAAAGUGGGAAUCACCCAUUCCAUUUGGAUAGUGACUGAAGACAAAUCCUCAAUGUUGCUGAGUCCCUACAUUCUACUUGCAUGCUCGGUCUAUUUCCUAGUGACCUGCCCAUGCCUCAAGAUGACCAACUGAAUUCUAGGCCUUGGACUGGGGAGUCUCUAGGGAUCCUUCUCGGAACGGCUGGCCAGAUUCCAACUCCAGAAUCAGUCUUUUUAUUUUCAUGGCCAAGUGUGUGUUGUCUUAUUUUUUCCUUCCUCCCAGACUGAUGUGCCAUGUGAGUCCUACACACUAUCUCUCUCUCAAUAGAAUGAUCCCUGAUCAAGGCUACUGUGUAUUAGUCCAGGUUAAACCAUGGGAAGGUUUGGCCACUGAAUGUGUCCCAUCUCCUACUUUCUCUUUUUAAGAUGACCUUUGAAGUGGAUCAGGGAUUGUGCUUGGCUCAAAAGCAACAUCUGCAGGGUUUCUUGCUCGUCGAGCUGCCUGUCCUCUUAAGUGAGGGCAGCCUGGCUUUGAGGUGCUCUAGUUCCACAUACCAACAAACAUGAAUGAAUUAACUUAAGUGUGCUUUUGUACCUUGGUUCACUGAGCUAUUUCACUUCAAAUAGGAAUUUUUUUAUUAAACUUCUCUCAACAGUGUGGGAAUAAGCUACUGAAACAAAUGACUCCAGAUUGAGAACUGAUGUUUGAUCUCUUGAAUAAAGUUUGCAUGAAGUUGA